GCGGGCGGUGCGGCCUUGCGUGAGCGUGUGCGGCGGCCUCGUGCGCGGCCGGACAUGGCGAAGAGCCUGAGGAGCAAAUGGAGGAGGAAGAUGCGGGCGGAGAAGAGGAAGAAGAAUGCGCCCAAGGAGCUGGAGAGGCUGAAGAAGAUCCUGGGAACCAAAGCGGAUGUCAUCAUGGAGGAGGUCAAGGAGGUGGCGACCGUGUUGCCCCCCGAGAAGGUCCUGGAGCAGAAAGAUGACUGCAAAAUGGAGCUGGAUAAUAAAAGAAACAAAAAAACUCUUCUAGACCAGCACGGACAGUACCCAAUAUGGAUGAAUUCCAGGCAAAGAAAGAAGCUUAAGGCUCAGCGUGUUAAAGGGAAAAAAAAAUCAAAAUUGGCCAAAGGCCUUGUCUGGUAAAAUCGGUUUUGUAAAAUCAUGAAUAUUUUAUUUAACAAAAUAAAUAUUCCCACAUAAGUUUGUGAGAUUUUGUGCUUGGUCACCGAGCAUAAUUUAUUGUGUUGAAUUAAUUUUUGAAGAGACUAUUUGGCCAGCAAAUGAUGAAAGAAAUAGCAGCUUGGUGUCUGCCAAACUUAAAAAGCAAGCUGAGUGCCUUUGAAUAGA